AUGGAAAUCGAUAAACGCAUCGACGACUUCAAGCUUAUUGUUGUGGACCCUCGCCAAGACGCGAAAAGAAUCGUUCAUUUUCAGGAAUAUGGAGCUCUCCACUGGGCGGCCUUCUUUGGACAAUCAGAGACUGUUCGCUGGCUACUCAGCAACGGAGUCAAUCCUAGGCAGGCAUGCUUCAUUCAGUGUACCUUGCUUUACUCCAAUGGCAACAAGUAUCUCCGUACCUACACCAACGCCCUGCAUCUAGCCUUUGACCUUGGACGUUGGAGUGUCGUGCAGGUCUUUUCCGCCAACAAAGCAGGCCAUGCCAUAAUGUACGACACAUCGCUUUGGGAAGAAGCUAUCCAGGAGGACCAGGCAAAGCCGGCAAUGAAGUUUGCUGUUUCCGUCGCUUCUAGCUGUUUCCACGACGACGCUGGUCUGCUGAAGCAGAAACCUUCAGAGAAGAGCAUCAUCGAUUCCGUCAACUUGCUUCUUGACCCACUGGAUUGUCUUGAAGCACACUGCGACGCCGAGCCGGAAGACAUCAUUCUAUGGAAUGAGCGAAAGCAACGGUUGUUGGAAAAGCAAGAAGGCCAAGUUUUCAAACGCGCCGAAAGAAAAGCGCAACGGAAGAAGAGUCUGUGGAAUCAUCUGCAAGACAUCGCAGAUCACGAGGCUCAAAAGGCGGCAAAGCAGCACCGCACAGCGAACCGUCGACUACGAGUUGAACUUGGCAAGCCGUGUUGUCGUUGGGGCAGAAAGAAGUGCCGAGGUGACAUGGCUGGUUGUUUUGGAUGCACAUUGUACGGCAAGAACUUCUGGUACGAUGCCCAACUGAGUGCGAGAAAGCGCUAUAUCAAUACCCCGCCUGAGUCGGAUACAUGGGAGAUGUGA